CUCUCUCUCUUUCCCAAAUAAAGAGCCUCACUUCAUCACUGCAGUUCUCUCUUCAGUUAUUGUAAGUCUUUAUAUCUCUGUGGUUUUGCUUCCAACGGUCGAGUCAGUGUCAUCCACUCAUGGCCUUGUCGUCAUCAUCACCAUCUCCUCUGUCGCUUCUCUGCCUUCUGUGCGCCGCCUCUCUUCUCCUCGUUGUUAAUGGCCUGAACGGCGAAGGCGCCGCACUCCUCUCCUUCAAGGCUGGCAUCAGGGAGGACCCCAGUGGCUCCCUUGCAAGCUGGAACUCUUCCGACCAGGACCCCUGCUCCUGGAACGGGAUCACCUGCAGGGGUGUCUCGGUGGUCGCUCUAAGCCUGCCGAAGAAGAAGCUGGUAGGCUACCUCCCCUCUGCUCUCGGCUCCCUCCGAUCUCUGAGGCACGUCAACCUUCGGAACAACAGGCUCUUCGGCAACCUCUCCGCCGGCCUCUUCGCCGCCCGUGCGCUACAAAGUUUGGUCCUUUACGGGAAUUUCUUGUCCGGGUCGCUCCCGCCGGAGAUCGGCCAGCUUCUGUACCUUCAGAACUUGGACCUUUCCGGCAACCUGUUCGCCGGCUCGUUGCCGACCUCUUUGAUCCAGUGCAAGCGGUUGAAGGCCCUCGUCCUGAGCCACAACAACUUCACCGGUCCUUUGCCCCUUGGUUUCGGUAGUAGCCUUGCUGGGUUGGGGAAGCUCGAUCUUUCUUACAAUGGAUUCGAUGGUCCGAUUCCGAGUGACGUCGGUAAUCUAACUAGGCUUCAAGGAACCCUGGAUUUGUCCCACAACCGGUUCUCUGGCUCGAUCCCGCCGAGCCUUGGAAAUCUGCCGGAGAAGGUCUACAUCGAUCUCACCUAUAACAAUCUCAGCGGGCCGAUACCCCAAAAUGGGGCUCUGGAGAACAGAGGACCGACGGCUUUCAUCGGAAAUCCGGACCUUUGUGGCCCGCCGUUGAAGAACCUGUGUCCUUCCGGAGCGCCGCCGUCGAAUCCCUUCCUCCCCAACAAUUAUUCGCCUCCGGCACCUGAGGGAAAUGGCACUUAUAAUGGAAACAGCAGCAAAGGUGUGAGUAAAGCUGCAAUUAUUGCGAUUGUGGUGGGUGAUGUGGUCGGAAUUGUUCUUAUUGCAUUGGUGUUCUUUUACUUUUACUGCAAGGCAACUGCUUCACUCAGCUUCAAAGAAGAUGGAGGGAAUUCUGACACAAGGUUGAAGGGCAGGAAAGAAUGUAUGUGCUUUAGGAAGGAGGAAUCAGAGACCUUAUCGGAUAACAUCGAGCAGUAUGAGCUAGUGCCAUUGGAUAGGCAUGUGACCUUUGAUCUUGAUGGACUUUUGAAGGCGUCCGCGUUCGUCUUGGGGAAGAGCGGGAUCGGUAUCGUCUACAAGGUUGUGCUGGAUGACGGACCAACUUUGGCUGUGAGGAGGCUGGGGGAAGGAGGAUCACAAAGGUUCAAAGAGUUCCAAACCGAGGUGGAAGCAAUUGGAAAGGUUCGACAUCCUAAUAUUGUUACCCUGAGAGCUUAUUACUGGUCGAUCGAUGAGAAGCUGCUUAUCUAUGAUUAUAUUCCUAAUGGCAGCCUCUCUGAUGCUAUUCAUGGGAGAGCUGGAACAAGGAAUUCGGCACCACUGUCAUGGGAAGUACGCUUAAAGAUCAUGAAAGGAAUAGCAAAGGGCUUGGCUUUCUUGCAUGAAUUCAGUCCGAAGAAGUAUGUUCAUGGCGAUCUCAAGCCUAAUAAUGUGCUACUCGGACUGGAUAUGGAACCCUACAUAUCUGAUUUUGGGGUCGGACGUCUGGCAAACAUUGCCGGAGGAUCUCCAUUUUUGCAGUCGGACAGAAUAGCCGAUGAGAAAACUCAGAGCCAACAAUCAGAUGUUGCAUUCGGUCCCGUCAUAAGUAGGGGAUCAUGCUAUCAGGCUCCUGAGGCAUUGAAGACCCUGAAACCAUCUCAAAAAUGGGACGUUUAUGCAUAUGGAGUGAUUCUAUUAGAACUGAUCUCUGGCAGGUCUCCACUAGUUCUUUUGGAGACCAUGGAAAUGGACUUGGUCUGCUGGAUUCAGUUUUGUAUCGAAGAGAAAAAACCCCUCUUGGAUGUGUUGGACCCUUUUCUAGCUCAGGAAUUGGAUAGAGAAGAUGAAAUUAUCACAGUGCUGAAAAUUGCCCUGGCUUGUGUUCAAGCUGAUCCUGAAAAGAGACCAUCAAUGAGGCAUGCCACCGAUACUAUCCAAAGAUUGAUCAACAAGAACUAGAGAUGCUCACUACAACCGCAAAGAUUGCAGCUCAUAUAUAAUUAUUAUUGCACUGUCAAUCAUUGUAUUGUAAGAGUUCAUUCUGCAACAUUGUCUUUGUUCGAAUCGCCAACCCGUCGAACUAUCACGGCAUUCCAACAUAAGCGAAGCCUACCAAUCUUUGUUGUUGGUUGCUCCAAAAAAGACAUCUUUGCUUAGAUUAUCAUGCACUGUGUUGAUAAAUCCAGAGCUUGUGCCUUGAUUUGUUGGGCGAUGCUCGAAGCUAUUAUCACUGCAUCUUCUCUUUGGAGCUUGCAGCAGUUUGUUUGUAUUGGUGUUGUACUGAGAUUGUGUUACUUAUCAACAUAGGAGAAAUAUGGUCCAGUGGAAGAAAAUGUUUGUGAUCUCAUGAUAAACUCUUUGCUCGAUUGUAUGGUCUGACUCAUUGGCCUGCCUUUCUGUUCACCACUGAACUUUUUAGGCAUAGGGUGAGGCUGUCUUGAGAAUCUUUAUCUUAGCCUCAUGUCCCAUCUAAUGUCAUGAUGACUGGAACUCCAUUCAUUUUAUGGCUAAAGGACACCAAUCAACCAGGCUUGCAGGAUACCCCAUGAGACCUUGAUAGAGCAUGAUGUUUCCUCUUGGGGCUCACCAUCAGAGGCCAUGUUUGGACCAGCAACAAAAUGUUGGAGACUGCUCAUUUGUCUCAAGGGUUGCAAGUUUUCCUGGUUUUCUUGUCUGGAUUCCAGCACCAUGUUCUUUGUGAGGCCAGUGUGGGAAAGUGGUAUGAGAUGGGGCAGAAUCCUAGAUGAUUGUUGUGUUCUUGUAUUUGGAACACUAGAAUAUUAGAUGAUUGUUAUUUCUUGUA